AUGGGUGUGACAAGUUUACAGAUCAUCUUUGACAAUCCUACGGCUGUAUUUAUGCCCGGCCAAUCUCUUACUGGAAGAGUAUUGGUAGCUACUAGUAGUUCUGUAAAAAUAAGAGGUAUUAAAUUGAAAUUCCGAGGAGAAGCUAAAGUUUCAUGGACUGAACAAGAAUCUCGUAGAAGCGAUAAUGGUGAAACUCAAAAUUACUCCGUCAUAUAUGAUGCUGAGGAAGAAUAUUUUGAAAAUAAAAUGACUUUGGUUGGAGGCGGAGGCGAAUCACAAUUAGAAGCUGGUGAACGGGUUUAUCCAUUUAAUGUUUCUUUACCUCAUCAGUUACCAUCAACAUUUAAUGGCGAGCAUGGACACGUUCGUUAUACUGCAAAAGUUACUAUUGAUAUUCCUUGGGCCAAGGAUAAAGAAACAGAAAUAACUUUUCAAGUUAUUUCUCCUUUAAAUUUAAAUGACGAACCAUCAUUAGCUGAACCCAAAAAAGAAGAAAAAGAAAAGUUUUAUUGUUGCUGUUGCUGCGAGUCUGGUCCAACAACAUUGGUCGUCUGUCUUCCUUAUAUUGGUUUUGUACCUGGACAAAUUAUACCUCUUACUGUUGAACUGGAUAACAAUAGUAAUGUAACAAUUGAUGCUGUCAAAAUUAAGUUGAAACGAGACCUAUUAUUUAAAGCAAGGCACCCUAGUGAAAAAACAAACUCUAGUUCAUCGGAGCUUGCAGUUUUACGUUUACAAGGUAUUGAAGCUCAUGCUUCAAAAACAUGGACUGAGCAAAUGAUAGUUCCAAAUAGUUUGAUGUUCUCUAAUCUAAAGUAUUGUGGAAUUAUAACUGACCAAUAUAUAUUAAAUGUAGAAGCUGUUGCUGGGGGUAUGUAUGAAAACACUGACGUUAACGUGAAGAUUACAAUGGGUAAUAUUCCAUUAACUAUUGCCCAAGAUGCACCUCAAUUUGGUAUUCCAAUUCAAUCACCUAAUCAAAAUGAUCCUUCAAAUGGCCAAUUCCCUACAAAUUCUAUUAAUCCUAUAAAUUUACCUGCUCCUAUACCUGGCUUCGCACAGCAAGUUCCUCCACCAUAUGACCAACCCCCUUUUACUUCUCCAUAUCCACAACAAACCAUGGACCCAGCACUAAUCUCUGGUCAGCCAUCGUUGUAUCCUCAAGUGCAAAUGUAUAACCAAUCUCAAUUACCUUACCCAGAUGUGAAUGUACAACAACCGGCAUUUAAUCCAUCUUAUCCUACUGCAACUGCCCCUUCUCUCUAA